UCUUGGGGUGUAAGUGGUGAGGGCAUUUCUUGGGGUGUAAGUGGUAGGGGCAUUGCUCGGGGUGUAAGUCUUGAGUAUAACACUUGUUGGCCACACUGUCCAUGUCCCUAAUUGUCUGAGGUGUGUAACUGUUCCUGAUGACAUGUCCUUAAUCUCGGCGCCUGGUGUUGUGCCGCACUGCUUCCCCUACCACACCACACCAUGGUCAGACCACCUCCGUUAGCUUGUCCGCCUUCUGUAAAUACACCUUUGCUUUCCUGUCCUCGGCGCUGUGAAUGUGGUGGUGAUGGUGGUGCCGUGGUGCAGCCCGAGCCAGAGGACGCGUGGGGGGACUGGGUCACUUUCUCGCCCUCACAGAUCACCGCCCACGACGACGCCUUGUUCAGGGUGUUCGCCAGAGAUGCGGACGUGGGCAUGAACGGUGACCUGGACUACAGCAUCAGGACCGGCAAGGGCAAGAAGGGCCGCUUCAAGAUCCACCCGAAGACUGGCCAAGUGUACAGCAACAAGGCCUUUCCCCCGAGCAAGACCUUCGAUUUGAUGAUCCAGGUGAAGGACAACGGGGCGCCGCAGCUGACGGCCACCACGCGGGUCCUCGUGCGUGUGAUGGACGUGCCCGAGGAGUCUCCCAACCCGCCGGUCCUGCAGCCGCCGCCCCCCGCCCACGUGAUGGAGACGGACGCCGGGCCACCUGAGGGUGACGAGAGCGGCCGGUUCAGCAUGGGCGUGGACUCUGGCCUGGUGAGCUUGGCCCGCCGCCUGGACCACGAGGAGCAGCACCACUACGCCCUCACCGUCACGGCCACAGACGGCGUCCACACCGCCGCCACCAAGACAGCCAGUCCGCAAGCCAAUACCAGGACCUACGAGGGUGCCGUGAGCGAGGACGUGGCGCCGGGGUCCACCGUGGUCACCCUGCAGUGCCGAGACAGGGACCAGUCACCCACGGCGUCCUCCGCGGUGUACUUCACGCUGCACCACGCCCAGGCCUUGGCGUCCCAGGGCCUCUUCACCGUGGACUCGUUCACUGGUGACCUCAUCGUGGCCGAGCCCCUGGACAGGGAGGUGUCCAGCGUCCACGAGCUGACCGUGAGCUGCAGGGACCGCGGCCGACAGGAGAACGCAGACUUUGCCCGCGUGUCCGUGACGGUGGAGGACGACAACGACCACGAGCCCGUCUUCCUGGAGCCCAUGAUCAUCGCCAAGGUGAGCGUGGGGGCCGCGGCGGGCACGGCGGUGGUGCGGGUGAUGGCGCUGGACCACGACAAGGGCGACAACGGCAGGAUAUCCUACUCCAUCUUCGAGGGUAAUGCUGGAGGAAUCUUCAACAUUGACACUGCCCUCGGCGUGAUCAGCCUCACCCGAACCCUGGCCGACGCCCAGCCCCCGGAGUACCUGCUGCUGGUGCGGGCCACGGACCACGCCGCGCAGGCCCGCGCCGCCUCGGUGCCGGUCCGGGUCAUGGUGACCGCCUCGCAGAGCUCGCCGCCCUCCUGGCAGGGCAAUAAGCCGCACGUGGAGGAGGUCGGGGAGUGGGUGGCGGUGGGCACGGCCCUGGCGCGCGUCACGGCGUCCUCACCGUCGGCCCUCCACUACUCGCUGACGGGCGGGAAUGAACACAGCGCCUUCGUCAUCAGCCCCGCCUCGGGGGUGGUCAGCGUGGCCACGCCCCUGGACUACGAAACCACCUCCUGGUACAACCUGGUGACUCCCUGCCCCGCCUGGUACGCGAGGAAAACACUCAACAAAUGUUCAUUACAAGGAGGAUAUUCUUUUCAGGGGGAGAAAUCACAGGUACUCAGCGAUCUAGAUCCAGACAGAGUAGUUUGGCCCAGAGAAAUGUGUAUAGGCCUAGACGUCAAGCCAUUACCAAAAAAAGGCAAUUCAUAGUCUGUGAAUCUAGAAUAUCUAGUCUAGGGAAACUUGACUUCUCUUUUCACCACUAAUGUCGAUAUUAUCUGAAGCAUUUCUGCCACUCCUUAUAAACACAGCCUCAGAUAAGAUAUUACCCACAUGCUGUCCUGAUCUUCAAUCAACCGUCACUUCAGCGACUUCGGUAAAGAGCGCUACAGGCAGCACAUAAAGUGGGUUUCAGCACUGGUGUUCUGCCAUGGUGACGCGCCCCC